CAAAAUGCACAACAAAGUUGCCCAGUUACACUCACCACACAGUCUGUACUCGGGGGCGCGCGCGAGUGUAUUUACUGACCGUAUGUAUGCACGUGGAGCAAUAUCUAAGUACACAGGUACUCAAUCAUAGCGCGCCGACCAGCCGACCAGCAGCACCAGCAUUACCACCGACGAUCGUGCAUCGGUUGUCAGUCGGUACUAGCACGUGCAACAGGUGGAACGCUUCUACUAAGCGAUCGUCAUUUUGCUCCUAAACGCGAUGGAACGGUUUUGAUCACGAUGGUAAUUAAGUUAGUCGUCGGAAACACUGGAAUUUUCGAAUGUGGAUAUCAUUUUGACAGACUGUGGACGGUGAAGUGCUCGAUCUGAGUGAGGUGUGCUAUUAUCCAGUCAAUUAAUUUGGAAUGAAAUCUGGGGAAUCGAGCUAAAUUCACGUGUGUUAUGCAAGUCGAGUAGGUACAUAGACCAUGGAGUAAUCAACGUUGAUCGUUUAUAUCGGUGCCCUAAAGAAUAGCAAUUAUCAAUGAACUGUUGAACUGUAUGCCACUGAAGCUGCUGAAUAGAAGUGAUCGAACGAACGGAAUGCCCGCCGAGGAGGAGUUCGAACUGACGGCGGCGACGGCGACAAAGCCGCUGCUCAAUUUUGUGCCAUCGACAUUGAAGUUCCGCAAUGUUUACUACACGGUUGACGGAAAGGAAAUUCUCAGCGAUGUAUCGGGGAAGUUCAAACAUGGACGGUUGGUGGCUUUGAUGGGGCCGUCCGGAGCGGGGAAGUCAUCAUUGUUGAAUGUGCUGGCUGGAAUGAAUCUAUUUGGAUUGAGUGGAUCGAUUAUAAUUGGAGAUGAGCCGGUGGAGGAGAACGAUCCCCGCAGUGUCUACGUAGAACAGGACUGCCCUUUGCUGAGCUACCUGACAGUCCGGGGAACUAUGACCUACGCCGUGGAUAUGAAGAUGCCCCGAAGUACAUCCACUAAGGAGAAGAGGAACAAGAUCAAAGAAAUCCUUCAGCUAUUAGGACUAGAGAAUAGCUCAUCAACACUGGUGAAGAACUUAUCCGGAGGAGAGCAGAAGAGGUUAUCCGUCGCAGUGGAGCUGAUCACCAACCCAGCCGUUAUGCUUUUGGACGAACCCACCAGCGGUCUGGAUAGCGUUGCUUCGACGCAGAUCAUAUCCCAUUUGAAAACCCUAGCAAUGGGAGGACGAACCAUCGUGUGUACCAUCCAUCAACCCGCGUCCAGUUUGUUCCAGUUAUUUGACGACGUCUACCUGUUGGUGAAAGGUCGCUGCCUUUACUUCGGGUCAAUUGACGCCAUGGUCCCAGCGCUGGAAUCGGCAGGCUUCCAUUGCCCAGAGUAUUACAACCCGGCAGAUUUUGCCAUUGAAGUUCUCACAUCGGAUGCCGAAGAAUCUAAAGAAGCGAUGAUCGCUCGAACGCAGUCGGAAAUGCGCGAUCUUUUCGAAGGAGGUCCGUCAAGUCCUACUAUAACCAGACCAGAUGUGGUUGUUAGACGCUACCAGGUUCCGUUCUGGUACCAGUUUUUAGUGUUGCUCAAGAGAUCAGCGAUCUCCACUGCAAAGGAUGAGUUUUUCCUGAAAGUGCGAGUCGGACUGUACAUAGCGCUAGGAUUAGUUUUUGGAAUAGUUCACUACGACAUAGGAAACGACGGCAGCAAAGUAAUCGCAAACGCCAGUUGUUACUUCCAGAUCUUUGCAAUUGUUUACUUCUGCAAUGCCAUGGCUGUGAUAAAUUAUACCGAAGAAGCAAACGUCACCAUCAAGGAAAUUGCCAACAAUUGGUACUCCCGCGAGGCGUAUUUUCUGUCCAAACUUCUCAACGAUCUCCCCCUGCAGAUAGUGUGUCCUCUGCUGAUGCUGCCCUCGCUCUACUACCUUUCCGAUCAACCCCUGGAACUGCAUCGGUUCGCCAUGGUAUGGCUGAUGGUGUUCUUCGGAGGAGUCAUCGGCCAGUACAUUGGAGUGUUUGCCGGCAUCUGUUUCAGCAUGAAGACACAAAACUUCGUGGUCGCGAAUGCCUGCAUCGUUCCGAUCAUAUUUUCCGGGUUCUUUGUCAACUCGAAGGAUUUGGUUCCCUAUUUGAAACCGAUGAGCGAUGUAUCGUUCUUCCAGUAUCUGUUCCACGGGGCGAUGCAGGCCGUGUAUGGGUAUGGUCGGGAGAAUCUCAGGUGUCCGCAGAUUUAUUGCCACUACAAGAAGCCAGCCAGUAUUUUGGAGCAGUUUGAUAUUGAUCCUUAUGGAUUUGGUAGGAACGCUGCCAUUCUGGGAGGUAUUAUAAGUGUUUUGCUGUUAACAGUUUAUGUAGCUUUUGUUGUUAGGCUAAGGCGAUUUAAAUAAAUAAUUAGUGAUCUUC